CUGUAUUCUUCUCUUUUCAAGCGAGCAGUCCGCGCGACCCGAGAACCGCGUAACAGCUGCCGCCGAUACUACGGUAGCCUGGUCUCAUGACCCUUCAGUCACUACAAAUGCCUCAAUUCGCACGAUUACGAGUCGAUUGACUUCAACUUGCUGCAUUCUUGCGUGCCUCCGAGGCACGGGAAGGGAGUCACGUGCCGAAGUUAUCGCGGGAACGCCGCCCGUGCCCGUCUACUAGUACAUGGUCGCCGUUCACUGCACUUUCAGAAAGGACUCCUUUCGCGACAUAACAUUACGGCACGACUACGCGUAGUUCCUUUGCCUUUGCGACUCUUUUCCCGAAAGAUUCAAGCGAAGCUAGAACCGACUGCCUGAAAGUCGUCAGCAGCACCGCUGACGAAUCAUGGAAUCAGCCGCCUGUUUAUCAUUCGGCAAAAGCUUCCGAGGCAGAAGAACAAAUCAAUGCCGCCGCAGAUCGCUAUGCAGCCAUCAUGCUCUAGUAGCGAAUCGACGCAGCAGAGCCAAUGCGGCGGCGCGGUAUUAUAUGCUUUCGCUAGCAGUGACAGCAGCGAGCGUACUGUCGAUCCUCCCCCUCAGAGCGACGUGGCAGGCUACUGCUACUCCGACCGUCGAGCCUCCUACAGUACGUAGCGCGGCCCGCUCGUUGCGGCAGCAUCUGCGGCCGCUUCAAGCGGCCCAUGGAGUUCAGAGAUCAACGCCGCUCAGCCGCGGGGCACCUCCUGAAACACCGGCCCCACCAGGCCCUCCUGCGACUCCCGGCCCAUUGGCGCGACGACGUUCCGCGCUGCGGCUGCAGACAGCUCCGCCACUGCCAGGGCGGGGCCUGCAGCCGCCGCUCGCGCCGAACGGCGGGGGAGUCGGAAAUCUGAAUGUCGCCGUGGCUCGGACAGUGGCUCGGACCGUGGCUCGUCGGCCCAGCGGAAUAGCAUCCGUCAUCACAAGGGAAAGCCACGGCGGCCAAGCGACGACCCUGGCGGCGGCGGCGGCAGCAGAGGCCAUCGGGAUCGUCCCGCGAUGGGGGCCGUGGUGCAGUGACGAGCGGUGCAACGUGAUGCAUCGGCCGAUUGGUGUGUUCGCGUUGUGGUACGGCGUGUUCUCCGACGCGCAGAAGCAGACGAUUCGCUCGUUCGUCGCGUCGCUCAGCCCCAACGACGACGCCGCCGUCACUGUCCCUCUGUGGUGGAACAUCAAUCGCCGUUACUACGACGCAGGUGGUAACCACAUUUCGCCGAUCGUUACCUGGGGCGGGGACCUCGAGGACCGAACCUACAGCAAGGGCAAGGUGCUGCUGAUGACCCACGUGCAGGACCUGCUAGCGGCGGCUAUUAAAACCCAACAGUUUCCCUACGACCCCGCUGCCGUCUACUUUGUCAUAUCAGACGAGCUCGUGACACAGAAAUGGACCAACAAAAGCACGGCUGAGAAGUUCUGCACGCAUUUCUGCGGGUGGCACGAACACAGUUGGGCCGAUUCGUAUGGCAGCUACGUUUAUUCUUGGAUUGGCAACGCGAAAUUGAUUUGCCCCGACUCCUGCAUUCCCAAUGCCAUCCGCUCAGCACCCUCUCAGUCCCCCACGGGAGACCCGGGCAUCGACGCCCUCGUGUCCGUGUUUGCCCAUGAGCUCGCUGAGGCGGCUUCCAACCCUUACCUCUCCACGUGGUACGACAACGAGGGCUACGAAAACGCCGACAAAUGCGCGUGGAAGUUCGACCCCAUUCUCCAAGACGCCUCAGACAUCAAGCACAACCUGGUGGGAGUCAACGGGGCAAAGUUUCUCGUACAGCAAAACUGGGACCUGGAGACCGGCUCCUGCAAGCUCACCCUCCCACCACCUCCUCCUAGCCCUCUCGCACCCCCACCUCCUCCCCCUUCUCCCCCUCCUCCCCCCUCACCUCCUUCUCCCCCUCCGUCCCCACCGCCCCCACCCUCCCCUCCGCCGCCCCCGCCCUCCCCUCCGCCGCCCCCACCCAAACGAGUCCCACGGUCCAAAAAGCCACCAGGAAAUAGCAUUGGCGAUUUUUUUAGAAGAAUAUUCAAGCCAGGAGGUCACUGAGACACACAUGCCCACGGAGUAGGUGCCAAAUGUCAAACAUGUGUAGUCGUUAUGUUUGUAUAGACUGUAUAGGGUCACCUGUUAGAGGGUACAAUUCGUAGGUAUAUCGAUCUGUACUCUAUCACUAGUGAUU